UUGAAAUUGAAAUGUAAAUUUCGGAUGUACUCGAACAGCGUUUCCCGCAAUAUUUUUCAAUGGCCGAUCGUGAAUAUGUUAAUGUUAUUUUUGAUUUCGUCAAUAAUCUGCCAUCAGGCUAAAGCUGCCAGUAUAGUGAACGGCAACUACAAGCCGAUUGAGCCGAGCUUGGGAGCGUUUCCGUACCAAGCGAGCAUAAUGCAGCUGAUGUCAGACAAAAAAUCCUAUCACAGCUUCUGUGGCGGCAGCCUGAUACACCGCCACUGGGUCCUGACAGCUGCUCAUUGCAUCCAACUUGACGAGACCACUCCACCUGCCAAGCCUAAAGACACAUUCGUUGCCUUUGGAAGCAUAAAAAGAAGCGCUAAAGGAGGUCAAAUAAUAGGAGUAAAAAAAAUGAUGAUACAUCCGACAUACUUGAGUACCGGGGGAAGAAACGACAUUGGCCUUAUAGAACUAAAAAGUCCAGCAGUUUUGGGACAAAAUGUAAAACUUAUUAAACUUCACACCAACAAUGCUGAAUCUUUAAUAGGCAAGACUGCUUAUCUGACAGGUUUUGGGAUAACAAAUGAUAUGUACCAGGAACCCGAAAGAUUAAGAAAAGCAAUUUUACACAUAAGCAACUACAAGAAAUGUUUAGGAGAACCAGAGUAUCAAAAAGUGGAGAUUUGUGCUGCAUCAACGAUACAAGAGGGAAAAGCAUGUAAAGGAGAUAGUGGCGGUCCGCUGACCAUACUUAAAAAUGGCCGAUAUAUUCAAGUCGGGAUUACAAGCCAUUUAGCAAUUUUGCCGUUCUGCAGAAUAUCCUUUAAUAAUUCAGUUUAUACCCGCGUUUCUGCUUAUAUAGCAUGGAUCUCCAAGAUUACCGGAAUAGAUUUUACCAAGUUUAAUCCUGGCGUACGUUAAAGUGCUUGUCUAUCAUCGAGAUUGUAAAUUUUUAAUAAGUUUUAAAUAAAAC